UAAUUUUUGAAAUGUCAGUGAAUAAUUAGUUUGAAAGUUACAUGUUUUUAGUGGCGAAUUUACUGAAGAAUAGCGUUUUGUUUUGUCUCUGGAUGGAAUUUAUAUGGCAAGCGUACCUAAAUAGAAGGCAAUUCAAUAAAGUUCGACACACACAUGAACUGCCAAGAGAAAUCCGCUUCGUUAUGCCCCCUCCGAUAUUCAGAGUGUCCCGAGAUUAUACAUUGGCGAACUUAGAUUUUCUCCUUGCCAAGAGUCUGGUCUCUGUCGCUUUUUCCUCUGCGAUGAUACAAGGCGACUAUUUGGCGUAUUUGUGGAAUUACGCUUCCAAGAAAGAUCCCUACGGAAGUGAAAUUGUGACUAGCUGUAUUUGGUUGGCUGCCCUGUGUGCUUUCACUUCGCUGGUGGACUUCCCCUUCGAUCUCUACCGCAAUUUUAUCUUAGAGAAGAGUUUAGAAAUGCCAGUGUUGAGUGUGAAAGAUUUUUUGAAGGAAAGCGUUUCCAGUUUUAUCGUGAUAGAGAUUUUUUCAACCGCUAUUGCCGCAGCGGUUGUAGUUACCGCUCUUUUUGCCGGACGUUUGUUUUUCAUUUUUUUAUGGAUUAUGUCCUGUAUUCUGCUCUCGAUUGGUACCAAUUUGUCCCAAUGGAUUGGAUACCAGUCUACUGUAAGUUUGGUCGAGUUUCCUCAGGGUGAGUUGAGGAAUCAUAUCGAAAUUCUUUGCAAGGAAUUAGAUUUUCCUUUGGAAAAAAUAGAAAUACUACCAUAUAGUCGUGUGAUGGAAGAGCACAGUUGCGUCUAUUACUACGGAGUAUUCAAGAAGAGCAUCGUGAUUUCAGUCAAUAUUUUACCAGUGGCUGAGCUGCAGGACAGUUUGGACGAAGAAGAAAUUUUGGCUCUCGUCAUACAUCAACUCGGUCAUUGGUAUAAGAAUCACGACGUAAAAAAGUUUUGUAUUCUGCAAACGGCUCUUUUAAUGUGGUUCUUGAUAUUCGUUUAUUGUUUCGAGAAGAAGGUAGUGUAUGAAGCGUUUGGUUUUCACGAAUCGACGCCGGUGCUCGUUGGCAUCAUGAUAACAGUGCAAUACGUUAUGCUGCCAUAUAAUAUUUUGACGGCUUUUACCCUGAUGUCUUGGACACGAAGCUGCGAAUAUGAAGCUGAUACGUUCGCUGUCCAACUGGGAAUGAAAUAUGAGAUUGAGAGAGCUUUGAUAAAAAUUUACGUUGUUAGUUUCGAAUUUCCAGUUGUAGAUCCUUUAUACAGCAAGCAUAAUUUUUAUCAACCGUCUCUACUCGAAAGGUUACAUAACUUGAAUAAGGUUUCUGCCAAUUUAUAA